CAGGGUAGGUUUCCCUGAGACACCAGGAAGCUGAUGUGUGAGCUCUCUCUUUUCAUUUUUUCCUAGAUGAACCAGGAAGUAAAGUUUCUUCUGGUUGGGUCUCUCCAGCUUCCUUGGUAAGAGAGAAGCCAAGCAGGGACUUGAGCAGCAGAGGGAACCCCAGGUGCGGCAGGGAGACCAUGACCACGUUAAUUCACCGGGGACGGCGGGCGGACGUUGGCCGGAACGGCGACAAGCGAGCGGAGGGCGAGGAGGACUCUGUGCUGGACAAGAGCCUCGGGGAGGAAGACCCCGGCGACUGCAAAGACAUCCGCCUCACCCUCAUGGAGGAAGUGCUGCUCUUGGGCCUGAAAGACAAGGAGGGAUACACCUCUUUCUGGAACGACUGCAUCUCCUCGGGGCUGCGUGGGGGCAUCCUCAUUGAGCUGGCCAUGCGAGGGAGGAUACAGCUGGAGCCUCAGACCAUGAGGAAAAAACGGCUGCUGGACCGCAAGGUGCUCCUGAAGUCAGACGCCCCGACCGGAGAUGUGCUUCUGGAUGAGACGCUCCGCCACCUCAAAGCCACCGAGCCUGCGGAGACGGUGCAGACGUGGAUCGAGCUGCUCACAGGCGAGACCUGGAACCCCUUCAAGCUGCAGUACCAGCUCCGCAACGUCCGCGAGCGGAUCGCCAAGAACUUAGUGGAGAAGGGCAUCCUGACCACCGAGAAGCAGAACUUCCUCCUCUUCGACAUGACCACCCACCCGGUGACCAACACCACGGAGAAGCAGCGCCUGGUGAAGAAGCUGCAGGAGAGCGUCCUGGACCGGUGGGUCAACGACCCCCAUCGCAUGGAGAGGAGGACCUUAGCGCUGCUGGUGCUGGCCCACGCCUCCGACGUCCUGGAGAAUAUCUUUGCCAGCCUGGUCGACGAGCAGUACGACGUGGCUAUCAACCGGUCCAAGGACCUGCUGGAGAGGGACCCUGAGGUCGAGGCGGCCAAGGCGAGCGGCACCGAGAUGGUCUGGGCCGUCCUGGCGGCGUUCAACAAGUCCUAAAUCCUCCUCGUUGGUUUCCGAGUGGGUUUGUCCCCUUCCUCUCUAGGACUGGACCUUUCACUCUGUGGAUCCUUCCUGUGCCCUUUGACGGCAGGCUUUGGUGACUUCCUGGGGUCACACCCACCUGGAGUGAAGGGACACAGCGGGUAGCAUUCUGUUAUAGGAAAACUUACACAUUCACCGCCUCCUCUUCCUUCUCCUCUUCCUUGGAUUUGGGGAUUUGCUCGGUUGCAAGAAUGAGUAAAGAAGUGUUUGCGGCUCCUUUUCCUUUUCUGUCCUGCCCUUUGGGUUACACACACCCCCUCGAGUUAAAAUGAAGGUUUGCGUCUGUUAGAAAAUGAACAUUUUUCUCUCCCUUUUUAAAUUUCAAGCUCUCUUCCUCGUUUCCUUAUUUUUUUUUUGUGUGUGUACGUUUUGGGAAGGAAUGAAUUGCAGUGUGUAUUCUGUUGGUUUAUUAUGAUUUUUUUAAAAAUCUGGACUCUGACCUCAGUUUGUUUUGCUUCUCGAUCCAGAUUCCGCUGGAUGGUUUCUCUUCUCCUGUGCUGUUUUCCUUGUGUUUGUUUGGAAAUACCAUUACAGCACAAAUCUCUAUGCAA